AUGCAGUUGCUAGUGAUUCUUAUUCCUGCACUUUUUGCCGCAAUAGCAGUUGCAGAUGGCGAUAAUAAAGAACUCCCUCUAGCUGAGGCAUGUGACGAAGAUCUUUGUAAAUUGCCAAACUGCCGAUGCUCGUCCACCGAAAUUCCCGGAGGAUUAAAACCAAGAGAUACUCCCCAGUUUGUUCUUCUUACAUUCGACGAUGGUAUUAAUGUACGCAACAUAGAAACUUAUCGCGAGAUCGCGUACAAACGUCAAAAUAAGAACAACUGUCCCGCUAGUGUCACCUUCUUCAUGAUCCAUGAGUACACAGACUAUCGACUGGUUAACGAACUUUAUAACCAAGGUUUCGAAAUCGCCCUUCAUUCCAUCUCUCACCAAACUAAUCAGACAUAUUGGGCUGAGGCAACUUACGAUGAUAUGUUGAAAGAAUUCGGAGACCAAAAACUUCAAGUUGCUCACUUUGCUAAUAUCCCCGAAAAUGCUCUUCAAGGCGUUCGCAUACCGUUCCUUCAAAUGACGGGAAAUGCCAGUUUUCAAGUCAUGGCAGAUGUUGGUUUUAAAUACGACUCGUCAUGGCCAACAAUUAGUCACGUAGAUCCAGGACUAUGGCCUUAUACUUUAGAUUAUGCUUCGACCCAAGAUUGUAUUAUUCCUCCUUGUCCAACUGCGUCAAUACCUGGUGUUUGGGUGUUACCUAUGGUCAGCUGGACUGACUUGGAGGGAUACCCUUGCUCUAUGGUCGAUGCCUGUAUAUAUACACCACCACGCGACGAUGAAGAAAAAUGGUUUCAAUUUAUCCUAAAGAACUUCGAAAGGCAUUACCUCGGCAAUCGAGCUCCUUUUGGUUUUUACGUACACGAAUGGUAUAUCUCCGCCUACCCUGCCGUGAAAAGAGCUUUAGUUAGAUUCUUGGAUUUAGUAAAUAAUCUUAAUGAUGCUUUCAUGGUGAGUACGAGUGAAGUUAUUGACUGGGUACAAAACCCUAUCCCAUUAGACGAAUACGUUAAGAAGGACUGCAAAACAUUCGUACCGACCGUUUGUCGACCUGCAAGCUGUGGACCUUUAAGUUCUUCGCAUAAUGAGAUGAGCUACUGGAUGCAAAUUUGUAAUACAUGCCCAAAAGUUCACCCUUGGCUUGGAAAUCCUCUCGGAAAAUAA